AUGAGUGAUGUGCAGCCACUCCGAAAUGCACUAGGGACAUUACAAAGUCUGUAUAAUUUCUUGGAGGCAAGUCCAAAACGUCAUGCCGUGUUUAAUUCUGUUAAGAUAGAUGGUGAUCACCUUGUUCUCACACUAAAAUCUUUGAGUGAAACGAGAUGGUCCUGCAGAUGGGAAGCAGUAAAAGCAGUCAGCGAGCAAAUGCCGAAAAUUAUCAAAGCUCUUCUCAUUUUAACAAAGGAUAAUGAUACUAAGACGUACACGGACAGCGUUGCCAUUUUGAAUGCCAUUUGUGAUUUUGAAUUCGUAUUUGGCUUGAUUCUUCUGAAGGUGAUAUUAUCAAAUACAAGCAGUCUAAGUAACUAUCUGCAAGGGAAAGGCGUCGACGUUAUCACUGCAAAAAGAAAUGCUGAUCUCACGAUCAACACGCUCCGUAAAUGUCGCAACGAAAAGAAUUUUGAACUCUUGUGGGAAAGAGCACAGAUCAUGUCCAAUGAAAUGAAAAAGGACAUCAAGGGAUCUCGUUUCGUAUUCAAAGAGGCAAGGGCACCCCGGAACAAACCAUCCCGUCGCCUGCAAGCACUUAUCGGUGAAUCCACGAAUACCGCGUGUGUGACAACGCCGAAAGCCCAUCAUCGCAUCAAUACAUUCUACCUAUCUCUCGACAAAGUGCUUAGCGAAAUGAAAUCGCGAUUUCACAACAACGAUCAAGAAAUUUUGUGUGCUUUGGGAGACGUUGUGCUAAACGACUCACCUUUAGAAAACAGCUUUGAUGCUGUGGCAGAGUUUUACAAUGUCGAUAGGGAUCUUCUUGAAGUGGAGAAGAGUAUGUAUCAAAAUUCCAUCAUGGACGAGUCCAAUCCUCGGGCGAAAACUGCGGCAAACGUUGUCGACAAAAUGUUUCAGGAUGGACUAUGCGACUUAUUACCUGUACUAUACGAGGCAGCAACCAUUCUUGCGUCGAUUCCCGCUACGUCCUGUACUGCUGAAAGGUCAUUCAGUGGAUUGCGGCGCGUGAAAACCUACCUCCGCUCGACAAUGGGCGAAGAAAGCUUGAAUUCUAUCGCUGUCAUUAACAUUGAACGAGCACAUGCCAACCGAACUAUUAAGAACGACAUGGUUAAAAUAAUUGACACUUUUGGUAGACGAAAUGGACGAGAUAGCUAUUUCUUCUAA